AUGGGCGGGGGAGAACACACCGCACUUCAACCCCAACACGCAUAAUUCGUGUGCGCCAAUUAUUUUAAGUCAUCGUGAUACAAUACUAGUUCCACUCGCCCCAGCCGGUGGCAGGGACGAACUGAAGAAACACUGGGCUCCCUCCAGCCCCUUCGGGGUUUGCUCACCGCGGAGGCUGAGCUCUCCCGGGACCCGCUGGGAGGGCGGUGUCCACGGGACGAGGCCGAGGAUCAGGUGCCGGGAAGAGGAGUCUGCGCGUGGGGCCGGGGGCGCCGUGUCCCAGGCCGAGGAUCAGGUGUCAGGACUACGAGUCUGCGCCUGGGGCCCGGUGGGCCGCGUCCGCGGGCGAGAACCAGGUUUACCCGGAGCCCCGGAGCGAGAGCGAGUGCCUGAGCAACAUCCGCGAGUUCCUGCGAGGCUGCGGGGCCUCCCUGCGCCUGGAGUAAGGCCUUGUGAAAAAACAUCAGUCAGGACCGAUGAGUGGGAGCAACAUGAAUCUGGAGCUCAGACAUUUGAUGCAAAUGAUUUGUAUCAGGGGCAGAAUUUUAACAAGGUCCUCAGUUCCUUAGUGACUCUAAACAAAGUAACAGCAGACAUCGGCCUGGGAAGUGACUCCGUGUGUGCCCGGCCCUCAUCUCAUCGGAUAAAGUCUUUUGACUCCCUGGGAGCUCAGCCUUCACACAGUCGGACUUCAAAAUUGUUCCAGGGCCAGUAUCGAAGUUUGGACAUGACUGACAACAGCAACAACCAGCUGGUCGUGAGAGCCAAGUUCAACUUCCAGCAGACCAAUGAAGACGAGCUUUCCUUUACGAAGGGAGAUGUGAUCCACGUCACGCGGGUGGAGGAAGGCGGCUGGUGGGAGGGCACGCACAACGGCAGGACCGGCUGGUUUCCCAGCAACUACGUGCGGGAGGUCAAGCCCAGCGAGAAGCCUGUGUCACCCAAGUCAGGAGCACUGAAGAGCCCUCCCAAAGGAUUUGACACUGCUGCCGUUAACAAAAGCUACUACAACGUGGUGCUACAGAAUAUUUUGGAAACAGAAAAUGAAUAUUCUAAAGAACUUCAGACUGUGCUUGCAACCUAUCUCCGGCCUUUGCAGACCAGUGAGAAGUUAAGUUCAGCAAACACUUCAUAUUUAAUGGGAAAUCUAGAAGAAAUAUGUUCUUUCCAGCAAAUGCUUGUACAAUCUUUAGAAGAAUGCACCAAGUUGCCAGAAGCUCAGCAGAGAGUUGGAGGAUGCUUUUUAAAUCUGAUGCCACAAAUGAAAACCUUGUACCUUGCGUAUUGUGCCAACCACCCAUCUGCAGUGAAUGUUCUCACAGAGCACAGCGAGCAGCUGGGAGAGUUCAUGGAGACCAGAGGCGCAAGCAGCCCGGGGAUCCUGGUGCUGACCACCGGCCUCAGCAGACCGUUCAUGCGCCUGGACAAGUACCCCACGCUGCUCAAGGAGCUGGAGAGACACAUGGAGGAUUAUCAUCCAGAUAGACAAGAUAUUCAGAAAUCCAUGACUGCCUUCAAAAAUCUCUCGGCCCAGUGUCAGGAAGUACGGAAAAGGAAGGAACUAGAAUUGCAGAUUCUGACGGAGGCCAUCCGGAGCUGGGAGGGAGAUGACAUUACGACCCUGGGCAGCGUUGUGUACAUGUCCCAGGUCAUGGUUCAGUGCGCUGGGAGUGAGGAAAAGAAUGAGAGAUACCUUCUGCUCUUCCCAAAUAUUUUGCUAAUGUUGUCUGCCAGUCCUAGGAUGAGUGGUUUCAUCUAUCAGGGAAAGCUACCAACGACAGGAAUGACAAUCACAAAGCUUGAGGACAGUGAAAAUCAUAGAAAUGCAUUUGAAAUAUCAGGGAGCAUGAUUGAGCGGAUCUUAGUGUCCUGCAACAACCAGCAGGAUCUCCAUGAGUGGGUGGACCACCUACAGAAGCAGACGAAGGUCACCUCUGUUGGCAACCCCACCAUCAAGCCGCAUUCUGUGCCGUCUCACACCCUCCCCUCCCAUCCGAUCGCCCCAUCCAGCAAGCACGCGGACAGCAAGCCGGUACCCCUGACGCCUGCCUACCACACGCUGCCCCACCCCUCCCACCACGGCACUCCGCACACCACCAUCAACUGGGGGCCCCUGGAGCCUCCGAAGACCCCCAAGCCGUGGAGCCUGAGCUGCCUGCGACCCGCACCUCCCCUGCGGCCCUCGGCUGCGCUCUGCUACAAGGAGGAUCUUAGUAAGAGUCCCAAGACCAUGAAAAAGUUGCUACCUAAGCGCAAGCCUGAGCGGAAGCCUUCCGAUGAAGAGUUUGCAUUGCGGAAAAGCACGGCCGCUCUGGAGGAAGAUGCGCAGAUUCUGAAGGUCAUCGAGGCUUACUGCACGAGCGCCAAAACGCGGCAAACGCUCAACUCAACAUGGCAAGGCACUGACCUGAUGCAUAAUCACGUCUUGGCUGACGACGACCAAUCAAGUCUAGACUCCUUGGGUCGUCGCAGUAGCCUUUCCCGUCUGGAGCCUUCAGACCUCUCGGAAGACUCUGACUAUGACAGUAUAUGGACAGCCCAUAGUUACAGAAUGGGUUCUACAUCUCGUUCACGCAAAGAGUCUGCUCCACAAGUUUUGCUUCCAGAGGAAGAGAAGAUGAUAGUUGAAGAAACCAAGAGUAAUGGUCAGACGGUGAUCGAGGAGAAGAGCCUUGUUGACACGGUCUAUGCAUUAAAGGAUGAAGUCCAGGAGUUGAGACAGGAUAACAAAAAGAUGAAGAAAUCUCUGGAGGAGGAGCAGAGAGCCCGCAAAGACCUGGAAAAGCUGGUGAGGAAAGUUCUCAAGAACAUGAACGACCCUGCUUGGGAUGAGACCAACCUCUGAGGAGUGUCGUUGCUUCUUCCUCCGAGACCAGCUGGAGACCAAGCCAGGAGCCCCACCCUAGCCAGGGGUGACCUUCAGGGCCACGGGGCAGGGCUGGACAAAAGUCAUCUUGCUUUCUGGGCAUGGAAAAGCCGGAGUUUAUCCACAAAUAGAAACGGUCACAUUGUUCCUGAAGAAUCCAAACAUGAGGUGUAGACCCUGGGGGCUGAACUGCAUUAAUUUUACUCUGUUAACAUCUCAAUUACCUCAUUUUGCAAUAAGCGCAGUGACUACAAAUCCUGGUGUUUCAGGCUCUUAUGGAUCUAUAUAAAUAAUUAUAUAUACACGUUUCUUGUAAAUACUCCAUUUUGAAUGCAUAUCCAUGAUUGUUGUAUCUGGGCUGAUCACCCGUGCUAGAAUUCCCUUUCCACUAACCUUUCUGGUCCCACAAACAGCAAGUUGUGCUCAUGUGCUUGUGGAAAGCAGAGGCGCGAGGGUGCCUGGACGCAUUGCUAGACGCCUGGUUGGUUCUCCACUGUAGCCCCCAUGUGCUCUGGAAGGACCCCCCACUUUGGUAGGCCCACGUAGCCUUGUUUGUACCUGCAGAGAUACCUUAAUAGCCUUGAAAGUCUUCUGUUGAAGCAGUGUUGCUGUCACCCUGAGUGGGUGUCCUGGCUCAGUGAGGGAGACUCUGGCUUCAGCCUCCAACCCCGGAAGUCCCCCGAGCACCACCGUGUCCGGCUGCCGGCGUCUGCGAUUGCCUGCUGCGUGUGAACGGCGGCUCGUCGGCGUGCAUUCUGUGCCCGGUGGGAGAGCAGACUUGUCUAUAUAGGCUGGUUUAAUAACGUGACAAAACGCACCGUUUGUCCCCCCCUCCCCCCCCACUGAGAAAGCUCCACCAGAACCUGUAAAUAAACUGCAUUAUUUAUUCCGUAUCACUGAGGCCAAUGAAGGCACACCAAGGAUACCGUGAGUGGACAUGGCAAGCGCCAGGUGGGAGUCCUUGUCAGGCCUCUGUGAACUCCGACCUCUGUACCACCAGCGUGCAACAAGCCUUCUGUGCUCACUGGGAAAAAGAAAGGUUUCCCUCCUUCAGUGAGAAUAAAGCAAUAGAAAUUCUG